AUGGCCGCCCGGGGACUGGGCUCUGAGGGAACAGCGCGUUCCCAGUUGGUGGACGAUUUCCAAGAACUGCGGAGGACAUUAGAGACCAUGAAUUUGUUCCAUGCCAACCUGGGGUUCUUCUUCCUUCACCUCGCCCAGGUCUUGAUUUUGGAAGCCCUGGCUUGGGUAAUAGUGUGGCAUUUUGGCAGUGGCUGGCUUGUCACAAUAUUCAUUUCUUGUCUUCUCACGGUUGCUCAAGCUCAGAGUGGAUUUCUGCAACAUGACAUGGGACACCUAUCCAUAUUUAAGAAGUCUAAGUGGAACUGCCUGAUGCAAAACUUUGUGAUGGGUCAUCUCCAGGGCCUAUCUGCAAAAUGGUGGAAUAACCGGCACUUCCAACACCAUGUCAAAACAAACAUCUACCCCAAAGACCCAGAUAUUGAUGUAGGCCCAUUUUUUGUUAUUGGAGAUUUACAACCUGUCAAGUAUGGCAACAGUAAAAUCAAAUUCAUCAACUACGAGAAGCAGCACCUGUACUUCUGCAUGGUUGGGGUCCCCCUUCUCAUACCAGUAGCUUUCAACCUGAAAUCCAUGCAAGAGAUGUACCGGAGAAGGUACUGGGAGGACAUCGCCUGGGUCAGCAGCUCUUAUAUUCGUUAUUUCAUCACAUUUGGUCCUUUCUAUGGAAUCUUUGGAACCUUGAUGCUCAUAUGCUUAGUCAAGUUUCUUGAAAGUCCCUGGAUUACAUAUAUUACCCAGAUGAGCCACAUACCAGUGAAAAUGAGCAAAGAGGAGAACCAGGACUGGUUCAGCACUCAGGUCUUGGCCACCUGUAAUGUUGAACAGUCCUUUUUCAACGACUGGUUCACUGGGCACUUGAACUUCCAAACUGAGCACCAUCUGUUUCCCACAAUGCCACGCCAUAAUUAUCACAAGACUUCACCUCUGGUGAAAUCACUGUGUGCCAAGCAUGGACUGCCGUAUGUGAACAAGCCCAUGUUGAAGGCAUUUGGAGAUAUUGCCAGGGCCCUGAAGAAGUCCGGAGCCCUCUGGAAGGAGGCUUGCUGCACGCAUCCACAAACAUAA